AUGCCCAAGAACGGGACCCAGUUCCCUCUGCAGGCCGUGGGUACCAGAAAACGGGGCGCGGCGGGAAUGGAGCGUGUGGACGAGGAAACCACGCCGGUCGAGUACGGGGUUGAAAGUCCGACGAUCCCGCCGCCCGUUGCGUUUGCGCCGAUAAGGAGAGGGAGCAUGAAUAGUGAGAGUACCACAGGAAGGGGCAGUAAGAGGCUUACUAUGUAA